AGCGAUGGAGCCGCCGCCGCUGCGGCGGAGGGGCCGCGGCCGCAGCCGCAGCCUGGCCGCUGGCUGCCUGGUGCUGCUGCUGGGCUGCUGGGGGCAGGAGGAGGCCGCGGCGGCGGCUUGCCAUGGAUGCACAUCUUUAUCCAAGUGUGAUUGCAGUGGAGUAAAAGGUGAAAAGGGUGAAAGGGGAUUCCCAGGCUUGGAAGGGCAGCCAGGUUUGCCUGGGUUUCCAGGACCAGAAGGACCUCCUGGUCCGAGAGGCACAAAGGGUGAUGAUGGACUUCCAGGGCCUAUUGGACCCAAAGGAAUCAGAGGACCUCCAGGGCUUCCAGGAUUUCCAGGCACACCAGGACUUCCUGGAUUACCAGGACAGGAUGGGCCACCAGGACCUCAGGGUGUCCCAGGAUGCAAUGGAACAAAGGGAGAGCGUGGAUUCCCAGGCAGUCCAGGUUUCCCUGGUUUACAAGGGCCUCCUGGACCCCCUGGUUUGCCAGGUAUGAAGGGUGAACCAGGUGAAAUAAUUACAUCCUUGCUGCCAGGACAGAAGGGCGACCCAGGAUUUCCAGGUCUUCCAGGAAUACCUGGCCCCCCCGGUUCCAUGGGUAUACCAGGUCCAAUUGGCCCUCCAGGGCCCCCAGGUUUGACAGGACCUCCUGGUCCAUCAGGGCUGCCAGGACCUAAGGGUAAUAUGGGUUUGAAUUUCCAAGGACCCAAAGGUGAAAAAGGUGAACAAGGUCUUCAGGGACCUCCAGGGCCACCAGGACAAAUUGGAGAGCAGAAAAGACCAAAUGACAUUGAGUUUCAGAAAGGAGAUCAGGGUAUUCCAGGUGAUCCAGGCCCACCAGGACUUCCUGGGCCACAAGGCCCUCCUGGUCUUCCCGGUGGCGUUAAAGGUGAAAAAGGUGAGCAAGGAGAACCAGGCAAAAGAGGAAAGCCUGGCAAAGAUGGAGAUCCUGGUCAGCCUGGUCUAGAUGGUUUACCUGGUGAGCCUGGAGUAGAUGGUGCUCCGGGAAGAGCUGGUGAAAAGGGUGAAAAAGGUGACAUUGGUCCCCCUGGUCCUCCUGGAAGUGUCAUUUCAAGACCAGGCAUUGAUGCAGCAGUGGGACCAAAAGGUAGCAAAGGAUUGCCAGGACUUCCAGGUGCCAAAGGGGAGCGUGGAUUCUCUGGUAGACCAGGCCCACCUGGCUUGCCAGGUUCUCCAGGGGUCACAACUGUUGGUCCUCCUGGCCCACCUGGCUUGCCUGGUGAGAGAGGACAGAAAGGAGAGCCAGGUUUACCUGGUGUUUCCAUUCCUGGACAGCCAGGACUUGAUGGACCCCGGGGAUCGCCGGGACCACCAGGUCCUCCAGGACCACCUGCACCAUCAGUUCCUCCUGGUGAAGGGUUAUGUGAGCAGGGGCCACCAGGUCCUCCCGGAAUUCCAGGACAACCAGGCUUUAUGGGGGAGCGAGGCCAAAAAGGUGAUCAAGGAGACACAUGCUUCAAUUGCAUAGGAACUGGAAUAUCUGGGCCUCCUGGGGAGAGAGGACUUCCAGGACCUCCAGGUAGUCCAGGUUCUCCUGGUUUUCCUGGACCAAAAGGUGAAAAGGGGCUUCUUGGAUUAACUGGCCUUGUAGGACCACCAGGAUUUCCAGGGCCCCCAGGUGCCCCUGGGAGACCUGGUCCUAAAGGAGACCCAGGGGAUGUCCUGACUUCUCCAAGAAUGAAAGGUGACAAGGGAGAUCCUGGCUUCCCAGGACCUCCAGGUCUUCCUGGCAUAGAUGGCACUCCUGGACGAGAUGGACUGCCAGGUCUGCCUGGCCCUAAGGGGGAACCUGGAAGUGUUGCAUUCAAAGGAGAAAUGGGAAUUCCAGGUGACCCAGGAAUACCAGGUCUUCCUGGAGACAAAGGACUUCCUGGACCUCCUGGUUUUGGUCCACAAGGUUCACCUGGUGAAAAGGGCAUCCAAGGUGUAUCAGGUCGUCCAGGACCUCCCGGAGUUCCUGGUCCAAAAGGUGAACCUGGUCAGACUAUUACAGAACCAGGAGUACCUGGCCCCCCUGGUCCUUCAGGCAGAAAUGGUGACCCAGGUCUUCCAGGAGAGCCUGGUCAGCCAGGUCAACGUGGCCUGCCAGGCAUUCCAGGCGUGAAAGGAGAGCCAGGUAUUCCUGGCAUUGGACUUCCAGGUCCACCAGGCCCAAAAGGUUUCCCAGGUACUCCAGGCCCUCCCGGAGCUCCGGGUGCUCCAGGUCGCCCUGGUCUAGAUGGACCUCCUGGACCACCUGGUUUCCCAGGACAGAAGGGGGAUCGUGGAUUUGGAGUUCCAGGACCUCCUGGAGCCCCAGGACCACCAGGCUUAAAAGGAGUUCAAGGGCCCAAAGGUGAUACUGGCUUCCCAGGAAACCCUGGUCUCCCAGGACGAGCAGGUUUUGAUGGAACUCCAGGGCCCAAAGGUGACCCUGGACCAAGCGGACCACCAGGACUUCCAGGACCAGCAGGCAUCCCUGGUAUUGGUGGCCAAGGUCCACCUGGACCUCCUGGACCUCCAGGACCUGUUGGCCCACCAGGAUUGCAGGGCAUUCCAGGAGAGAAAGGGGAUCCAGGUCCUCCAGGCUUCGACGUUCCUGGUCCUCCAGGUGACCAAGGAACUCCAGGAUAUCCAGGACCACCUGGCCUCCCAGGGCCGCAGGGUUCACCUGGACCACCAGGCCGGGAUGGAAUACCUGGGUUUCCAGGUGCCAAAGGUGAGAUGGGUGUCAUGGGAGCCCCUGGUCCUCCAGGGCCUCCAGGAACUCCUGGAAGAAAUGGCCUUCCUGGCUUGAAAGGCAAUAAUGGAUUACCUGGUCAGCCCGGACCUCCUGGACCAGUAGGACAGAAAGGCAUCAAAGGUGAAGCAGGCCUGCCGGGCCCACCUGGGAAAGUUGAUCCAAAACAGCUGGGAGCAAAAGGAGAAAAAGGCGAACCAGGUGUUCCAGGUAUUCCUGGCUUAUCAGGACAGAAAGGUUUUCAAGGUCUCCCAGGUGACCCUGGCCCACCAGGACUUAGUGGCCCACCAGGUCCCCCAGGAUUGCCAGGCAUCAAGGGAGACACAGGACUUCCUGGGCCACCAGGACCAACAGGACCUCCAGGGUUAAAAGGUGCUAUGGGCGAGAUGGGCCUUCCAGGUCCCCCAGGGAUUAAAGGCAGCCAAGGAAUAGGAGGACGUCCAGGUCAGCCUGGGCCACCUGGAUUUCCUGGAUUGAAGGGCGAGAAAGGUGACCCUGGUCUUUCAGACAUUGGUAUUCCUGGUCCCCCUGGAUCAAAGGGUGAUCUUGGUUUGCCUGGAUACCCAGGCAGUCCAGGCAGUAAAGGUAUAGCUGGAAAUCCUGGUUUGCCUGGAUUGCCAGGCAAUCCAGGUGCUAAAGGAGAGCCAGGUCCACCAGGCCCAGAAGGUCCCCGGGGGCCACCAGGCAGUGGAGGACUUAAAGGAGAAAAAGGGAACCCAGGUCAACCUGGCCCGCCCGGCCUGACUGGUCAAAAGGGAGAUCAAGGAUUACCUGGACGCCAGGGGGAUCCUGGUCGUCCUGGUCUGAAUGGAAUGAAGGGUGACCCAGGGGUUCCAGGCGUGCCAGGAUUCCCAGGUAUGAAGGGUCCCCCUGGACCUGCAGGACCCGCUGGCCUUGCGGGCAGUCAAGGACUGCCAGGCCCACCAGGUCCACCAGGUUUACCAGGUGCCAUUGGAAGAAGCAUUGUUGUGAAAGGAGACCCUGGUCCACCAGGUCCUCCAGGACAACCUGGCUCAAAAGGGCCACCUGGAUUGCCAGGGCCACAGGGAUUGCCAGGUCCAAUUGGUCUUCCUGGUGAUCCAGGGCGAGACGGGCUUCCUGGGUUUGAUGGUCCAGCAGGACGUAAAGGCGAGAGAGGUCUUCCAGGCCAACCAGGUUCACGAGGAAUACAAGGACCCCCUGGUCCUGAUGGCCUACAAGGUCCACCUGGUCCUCCUGGAACAGCUUCAGUCGCUCAUGGAUUCCUUAUAACUCGUCAUAGCCAGACUAGGGAGACACCACUGUGUCCACACGGAACAUUAAGAAUAUAUGAUGGAUUCUCUCUUCUGUAUGUACAAGGAAAUGAGAGGGCCCAUGGCCAAGAUUUGGGUACUGCUGGGAGCUGUCUCCGACGUUUCAGCACCAUGCCCUUCAUGUUCUGUAACAUCAACAAUGUUUGUAAUUACGCCUCAAGGAACGACUAUUCCUACUGGCUGUCAACGCCAGAACCAAUGCCGAUGAGCAUGGAGCCUCUGACUGGGCAGAGCAUUCAGCCGUUCAUUAGCCGAUGCGUUGUGUGUGAGGCUCCUGCUAUGGUGAUAGCUGUCCACAGUCAGACCAUUCAGAUUCCUUCGUGUCCACCAGGCUGGGACUCCCUUUGGAUUGGUUACUCGUUCAUGAUGCAUACUAGUGCUGGAGCAGAGGGCUCUGGACAGGCCUUGGCAUCACCCGGAUCCUGUUUAGAAGAAUUCCGCUCGGCUCCAUUUAUUGAGUGCCAUGGUCGUGGCACAUGUAAUUACUACGCCAACUCCUAUAGUUUCUGGCUGGCAACUAUAGAGGUGUCAGAAAUGUUCAGUAAACCUCAGUCAGAGACUCUGAAAGCUGGAGACCUGAGGACGCGUAUUAGCCGCUGUCAAGUGUGCAUGAAGAAGACGUAACAUCCUGGAGAAAAUAUUAUAAAACAGUUGAAAAUUCCUAAGGUGCACUGUCCUCCAGCUGUAAUAAUGGUGCUACUGUGUGGAAAGAAAAAAAAUCCAAACUUUUAACCAUGCAGAUUCAAGUGUACCUCACUCGCGUGCCAAACUAAAGAUUGUUUGGUACAUAUCUGACAACAGGACGAAGAUAAAAGAUUUGACCUCUUGGAAAUAGAAGAGACACUUGAGGCUCACGAAGGAUCACAAGAUGAAAGUUUCCAUUUCUCUCCCUGUACCAAAAUGGCACCUUUUUGAUCAACCAAGAGAAUACAGAAAAACACAACGCACUGAGUAUGUUUAAAAUAACCAGACUGCAGUUUUGAAAAACAUUUUUCAUGGUGCUACUAACCCUGCUGUAUCCCAGGUUUUUAAUAUGAAAUUUUAAGCUUAUUUCUCUUUGUAAGUAAUGAAAUGUGUAUAUUGUGUAAACACCUUUUUAGUUGAAACUUUUAGUCAUUUAGAAACAAACCAGCCUCAGAUAUAAAAAUGCUCAUGUCUAAAUUUAAAACAUACAACAGUAUUUUAUUAUGAAACUUGUGGUAUGGAGAGAAUUUACCCCUCUUGCACCAACUUAGUCAUUUAAUAUUUCAUUUCCUUCCUCAGUUGCCAACCUGAUGUGUUUGGGGGCAUGCACAAUAAUUCUGAAGUCAUUUUGAUCAGGGUUUUAAAUGUUAAUAAUGUACACCAUGCUCUCAAUGGUUUUAUUUGUGCUUAGAAAUCACAGUCCACUUGAAAAGGGUUUUUUGUAUCUUGCGAAAAUAUGUGAGAUGAUUAGCCAUAUUCUAUAUCCUUCUUUUCUGAAUAAAAGUCACAUUCACAUUUUAGUAGUAAUCAGUUUGGUUUAACAAAAACUAUUCUUUGGGAAUAUCCAGUUACCAAAGCAUUUAAGAUUAUGCUUACAUAAAACUUCUCUUUACUCUGAAGUGGCGUCACGCAUAUUAUCUGAAAUAGUGUACACGCUAAGAAACCUUCUGAAUAAAAUAAAGCAAAAUCUGUUGGAAACUGAUCUUUUCCUAUUCACAAAUUAAUCUUUUGAUCAUUCUUAUGUGAAUUUAUAUGCAUCCACAAUGUACUUAACAAUAUAUAGCAAUUCUUGUGUAUGUAUAGUUCACAUAAGGCUUUAGAAGAUGGUGCACACAGCUCCUUGUUUGACGUUAUUUUGUAAGAAUAUUACUCUAUGUCUUAGUGUCACUUGUGCAAUAACUGAAAAGUGAUCAAUUUUUCUGUAUGCAUAACUGUCCAUGACUGUUACAACUUCUGUGGUCAGUGCUGUUUCAUUUAUACUUGUGUGUAAACCAAACUCCCUGACAAAGCAGGACUAUUUUCCAUGUGAUCAUACUUUUAGUUUUUUCAUUGUAUAUUGCCACCAUCACCAUCUAUGCCGCUUGCCUUGUGAUUUAAUAUACUGCUUUAUAUAGGUGAAGUGUAUUUGUUUGUAUUGAAUACUGCUAACUACUUCAUCUGCUAAUGACUAUUCCUACUUAUCUUUCAGUUAUCACUGUAAGCCCUGAGCAUCUGGAAACUCCUUGUUUUAUGCAUAUCUGACAAAAGACAUAGGACUGGUGACUGAUCAGGUGGCAGUGGUUUAUACAAUGAGACUGGGGCUGACUUCAAAAGCUUUCAACUGUGUAUGAAACUGAAGAUUUUUAGUUUAAAAUGCAAGAAAACUAAUAGCAGUGUCACUGUGCUUUAAAGCUAAGGGACAAUCUGCAGAAAACAGGCCCAAGCCCAUGCGUUAGCUGCAACUAUGACAGCAGAGAGGGUGGGCAGUUCAGCAACGUGCACCCUUCAACUCAUUUUAUUUUGGUUUGCUGAUGCAUACAGAGAAAUAAACUGAACCUAUUGCUACCUCCAAGUCAAGAACUCGUUACCAAAGCUGAAAUAAAGUAAGAAGUCUUUUAGUGUAAACCUAAGCCCAUAUCUUACUGCUGUCUGCUCUGAAGCCUAGAACAAACCUAGGAGCCUGUCCCUAGCCCCAAGAAGCAGAAUGGAGGCUAAGGUUGAGGAGCUCCCAGGGAAAGUGCUCUUCUGGCUCUCCCUUGCAGCUCUGCUAUGUGCUGCCUUUUGCCCAAGGCAAAUUGGUUUUCCUAUAAUGAAAACCUGGGGAAGGGCAGAGAGUGUUUGUCCUAGUCCAGCAUUAACAUGCUUCUCUCUGAGCUUUUGGCCUCUUCCGCAGCAUGUAAAACAAACCCCACUGAGCACUGGGACUGUAAUUCCUGUCUUGCCAUGCUUAGGUGGAGACAGGACACAGCAGCUAUGCAGGUGGCAGCCUGAGUUCUCAAACCUGUUAGGUGACCAUGGAUAAAUGAAAAGAUGUAAAGCAGCUACAUCUUGCAAAGGUGUUCUCUGUUCUGUUUCUGGAGCUCCUACUCUGACUUGUUCUGAACCUCGGUCAGCUUUAACCCGUUUCUGAAUAGGUUAAUUUUGAUCCUUUUUAAUGAAGAGAAAAGCAUUCUAGAAAGGAAGGAACAUCUUUUACCUAAGACAUGAAACAGAGAUUCAGAAGAUGUUCAUUUAAUUCCCAUCUGUUGCAUUUUCUGCUUCUAGGUAGGCAAAUUGUCUUGUAUUGAAUCUCAAUUUCUCAUCUAUAAAGAAAGAAUGGUUAUUAUUUUCUUCUCCUUGAUUACUUAGACUGUAAGCUCUUUGGAGCAGAGACAUCUCUACAUGCAACAUUGGGGGGCUCAAAUGUUGGUUGGGGCCUCUAGGUGCUAUCCAUCACUAUAUAAACAUUAAACUACAGGAAAAAC